AUGACUCACUUGCAGGCUGGUCUGUCUCCUGAGACACUGGAGAAAGCUAGAUUGGAGCUAAAUGAGAACCCAGAUACUCUACAUCAAGAUAUCCAGGAAGUUAGGGAUAUGGUAAUCACAAGACCAGAUAUAGGAUUUCUCAGGACAGAUGAUGCCUUCAUCUUGAGAUUUUUAAGGGCAAGGAAGUUUAACCACUUUGAGGCUUUCCGGCUAUUGGCUCAAUAUUUUGAGUAUCGCCAACAAAACUUGGACAUGUUCAAGAACUUUAAGGCCACAGAUCCAGGCAUUAAACAGGGACUCAAAGAUGGAUUUCCUGGAGUACUCUCUAAUCUUGACCACUUUGGCAGGAAGAUACUAGUUUUGUUUGCUGCCAACUGGGAUCAAAGCAGGUAUACGCUUGUGGAUAUACUGCGUGCAAUUCUGCUUUCUUUAGAAGCUAUGAUAGAAGAUCCAGAACUUCAAGUCAAUGGAUUUGUAUUAAUAAUAGACUGGAGCAACUUUACCUUCAAACAGGCCUCCAAACUUACCCCAAGCAUGCUGAGACUAGCAAUAGAGGGUCUGCAGGACAGUUUUCCUGCACGGUUUGGAGGUAUCCAUUUUGUGAAUCAACCCUGGUAUAUUCAUGCCCUGUACACAGUAAUUCGACCCUUCUUGAAGGAAAAGACAAGGAAAAGGAUAUUUCUGCAUGGAAAUAACUUGAACAGCUUGCACCAGCUUAUUCACCCAGAAAUCCUACCAUCUGAGUUUGGAGGGAUGUUGCCACCAUAUGAUAUGGGAACAUGGGCAAGGACACUAUUAGACCAUGAAUAUGAUGAUGAGAGUGAAUACAACGUGGAUUCCUACAACAUGCCAACAAAGGAAGUGGAAAAGGACCUUUCACCCAAAAACAUGAAAAGAUCACAGUCAGUAGUGGACCCUGGGGUACUAAAACACAAUGACAAAAAUGAAGAGGAAAAUAUGCAGCCUUUGCUUUCUCUUGAUUAG